CACCUGUGCGACUUUCCUACAAAACCAGCACAAUUUCACCGACUCAAUCUAUCCUUUGACAACAAUCGUCUUCGUCAGCACAUGGUAAAAUCUCUCUCUCUCUCUCUCUCUCUCUCUCUCUCUCUCUACUGUAACAGGGAGACUCCUAUCACCAUAAAACACACCUUCUCUGUAAAAAGCUCUUCCCUUUUCUUCUUUUCUUGCUCCACUACCUUCUCCAUUCCCAUUUUCUAAGACCGAGAAAUAGAGGGUCUAAACCUUCUGUGUCUCUCAUGGCUGGUGCAGGUCCAGCCACUAAACACCUCUCCACCAAUGGAGGAACUCUCGUUUCAGAACUAAAACGCCUUUCUUCUCUUCUUAAAACAAGAAGAACUCUGGCUUUUGCUUAUGGGUUUAUGUUUGCUUUUGUUGCUUUCACUGUUUUCUUAGCCUUCAAUCCCUCUUCUAACUCUUCUGCUCCUUGGUUCUCUAAUAUCUUUACUACUAGCUCUGUUACCAGUUCCUCUGAUUCUUAUAGAUCUCAGUUCUCCUCUAUUUUCUCUUAUUUCUUGCCCAACAACAACAAAUCAUCUUCACAGAAACAAGUACAUGACUUCUCUACUUUGCCUACUCAAAACACUACCAGAUCUAACACUACCUUAUCUCAGCCUUCUGGUGCAAAUAAUGAGGUGAGAGACCUACCCACUUUACAAAAUCACACUCAAAAUAAAGCUGAUUCUGUUAAACCCCUGGUUUUGGAAGCAAAUCAGUCCAGUAAUGGUUCAAUUGUCAGUGAGGUACCAUACACUGCAAAUAAUCACACUCAAAAUAUGCAGAAUUCUAAUAAAGAUCAUGCAUUGAAGCCAAAUCAAACCACAAUUUCAGCUCCAAUAAGUACUCAGCCUGCAAAUCAGAGUGCAAAUUCAUCCACGAUUACAGUCUCACCGGUGUCGGCAAAUCAGAAUGCAAACUCAACCACGAAUACAGUCUCACCGGUGUCGGCAAAUCAGAAUCCACAAUCGUCCCCGAACUCUGUCUCUUCCGUGAAAGGAAAUUCUGGGAAGCAAGGGAAAGGAGUUGCAGUGAAGAACGAAGCAUCAAAUAACACUGCUUCUCUGUUAAAUAAACAGAGUAAUGGGUCGAAACAGAAGAAUAGAACUAAUUCAGAGGCGUCAGGCAAGCAGGGGAUCGAGAGCUUGUUGAAUUGUGAUUUGUUUGAUGGUGAAUGGGUGAGGGAUGAUUCUUACCCCCUCUACAAGCCUGGUUCUUGUUCACUGAUUGAUGAGCAAUUCAAUUGUAUUCUUAACGGUAGACCUGACAAAGACUUCCAGAAGUACAAAUGGAAGCCUAAAGGCUGCAGUUUACCAAGAUUAAAUCCUGCCCGUAUGUUGGAUAUGUUGAGAGGAAAGCGACUUGUUUUCGUGGGCGAUUCCCUCAAUAGGAAUAUGUGGGAAUCUCUCGUUUGCAUUCUAAAAGGCUCAGUGAAAGAUCCAAGCCAGGUUUUUGAGGCCAAUGGGAGACACCAUUUUAGAGGUGAAGCUUCAUACUCCUUCAUAUUCAAAGAUUAUAAGUGCACUAUAGAGUUCUUUGUAUCACCUUUCUUAGUUCAAGAAUGGGAAAUGCCAGACAAAAAUGGAACGAAGAAGGAGACUCUUCGGCUUGAUUUGAUAGGGAGGUUGUCUGACCAAUAUAAAAAUGCAGAUAUUAUCAUCUUCAACACUGGGCACUGGUGGACUCAUGAGAAAACUUCUAAAGGGAAGGAUUAUUACCAAGAAGGGAGUCAUGUAUAUGAUGAAUUGAAUGUUCUUGAGGCAUUUCGCAAAGCUUUAACAACCUGGGCUAGAUGGGUUGAUGCCAAUAUAAAUCCAAUGAAGUCUGUGGUCUUCUUCAGAGGUUACUCUGCUUCGCAUUUCAGUGGUGGGCAAUGGAACUCUGGUGGUGCAUGCGACAAUGAGGUUGAGCCGAUCAAGAAUGCUAAAUAUCUAACGGAAUAUCCACCCAAGAUGUUGGUGCUGGAGAAGGUACUAAGGGGAAUGAAGACCCGUGUCACAUACCUAAAUGUCACACAAAUGACAGAUUACCGGAAGGAUGGUCACCCUUCAAUCUUUAGGAAGCAGAACCUAUCGCCGGAGGAAAGGAAAUCACCGCUCCUAUACCAAGACUGCAGCCAUUGGUGUCUUCCUGGCGUGCCUGAUACCUGGAAUGAGAUUCUUUACUCCGAGCUCUUAAUAAACGAAUACCAAAAGCGGCAAGUCCAUAAGAGACACAGGUAAAUAAAAUAGCACAAAUUUUAGAUGCUGCAGUUGAAAUAUGAAGUAGAAAUUAUAAAUGCAUACGCAUAGGUUUUUUUUUUUCCCUCAUCAAUUUUGGGUUAUAGAAAGAAAAGAAACCAACAUGGGAAAGAUCCAAGAAAUAGUGUUGCUCUCAUCAACCAUGAGAGGGCAAGCAGCAAGGGAUGAGUGAGUAGCAUCUGUGUUAUAGUAAUGAAAUCUACUUGUUUAUUACUACAAUCUAUGGAAGAAGAAGACAAUCUAUGGAAGAACAAGAAGAAGAGGAGGAGGAAGAGAGUGAGGUUCUCCCUCUUCUUCCUUUGUUUAUUUAAUUAUUCUUUAUGCAAAAGCAUCAAAUUAUGGGUGAUGAGUAGUGUAAAUCCCAAAUUAUUUGGUUGCUCAUGUUGAAUAAAAUAGUGGGUUGUAAUUAUUCUCGCUAAUCCAUGUAAUAAAUAAAUAAUUCUGCUUGAUUUGA